AUGUCCCUCUCUGCAUCUCAUCAAGCUAUCGUCGAUGCUCUGAUCAAAGACUUAUUGAAAGCCAACCCAGACGACCCUCUUCAAUACUGUGCGAACUACUUCAACCGCCAGCUCGAAUCCGAGCGGGCUUCUCACAAAUCCAAAUCGACCCCUGACACCAACGGCAAGAUGGCAGACACCGCUGGCCCCUUCGACACCCGGAGCCCCUUCGCGGCCAAGAAUGUCAACAGCAUACAAGAGGAGGACGAAGAGCAUGAUACCCUUGGUUCACCCACCGAUGCGACUUUCAAGUCCCGAGGCUCAGAUCGCUCGCCUUUUGGUGGUUCUGGAUUUGGGACUGCUGCCGGAGGUGCAGCUGCCGGAGGAUUAUUUGGAAGCUGGCUGGGUUCUCAGGCAGAAGAAACCGAGACACCAGCACAGACGCUGCCCAAUAACUAUGCGGCCGGUCGUAGAACUUCAGUCUCGGCUGAAUCCAUGCAACCAGAUGCUGACUCGGGCAAUUGGAAACCUCCCAAACACCAAAAGACACCCGAGCAAUACGAAAGACUCAAGCAUGCCGUUGCGGGCAACUUCUUGUUUUCCAGCCUAGAUGAAGAGUCCUUCAACUUGGUGCUGGAUGCGCUGGUCGAGAAAUCCAUUCCUGCGCCGAACAUCAAAGUCAUCACCCAAGGUGACGAGGGUGAUUUCUUCUAUGUCAUUGAAUCAGGAGAAUUUGAUAUCUACAUCAACCCCAGUGGCGCCGUCGAAGCUGGUCCAGAAGGCUUGGGCAACAAAGUCGCUACAAUUGGACCAGGAGGCAGCUUUGGCGAGUUGGCAUUGAUGUACAAUGCACCGCGUGCCGCAACGGUUGUCAGCGCAUCCAAGGGUGGUUUACUCUGGGCGUUGGAUCGAGUGACAUUCCGAAGGAUCCUCAUGGACAACGCAUUCCAAAAACGAAAGAUGUAUGAAGGUUUCUUGGAGGAGGUGCCGCUGCUCUCGUCCCUUAAACCCUACGAACGAGCCAAGAUUGCUGAUGCCCUAGAGACGGUCAAGUUCGAGGCCGGUGACAACAUCAUUACUGAAGGAGAGCCAGGUGAUGCAUUCUAUCUUUUGGAAGCUGGUGAAGCUUCAGCAUACAAGCAUGGAAUUGAGAAGCCGGUUAAGGAAUACGCUCGAGGCGAUUUCUUUGGUGAGUUGGCGUUGUUGGAUGACAAGCCUCGCGCCGCAAGUGUAGUUGCAAAGAGCAGUGUCAAGGUAGCGAAACUUGGAAGAGACGGAUUCAAGCGACUUCUUGGACCGGUGGAAAGCAUCAUGAGACGAGAAGAAUAUGAUGCAGGGGACUCAAUGGAUCCUCUGAGCCAGCAUAAGACUGUGACAUAA